GAAGUGCAAAGCAUGCAUCGUGAUGUUUGGAGAACAGAAUGCAAAGGCAUGGAUGCUAGUCACAGUGGUGACAUAACAUUAUAAGAAAUAAAAUGCAUGGCGUGAUUUUGCACAUUUACAAUAGCAUGCGCCGGUAACUCAUGCCCUAAUUUCUCCUUCUACGCUGCACUUUCUUUGCAUUAAAUGCAUGCAUGCAUUCUCCUGCGCAUUAUUUAUGAUCUUUCUGUGUUUUUUAAAAAUGCAUUCAGCGAGGACGCACACGGUGGUGUUUUAAGAGAACUGCGCGCAGUGCGUGCGUUCGCGUUCAGAGCGCGCGCGCAGAUGCACCGAGUCUCGCGCGCGCCAUUUUAGCGCGUCUCCGGCAAGAUGGCGCUCUCGCUUUGUCUGCCCUGAUCGGAAUAAAACACUAUUUACUUUCAUUACAUGCAUGCAAAUGUACCGAAUCGAAUGAAAAAACAGCGUUCCUCGCGGUGCCAAACCGGUGACAUCUCAAAGACCCGCGCGUGAGCUGAGCACGGAGAUCUUCAGGUCUAGUAAGUUGAAUACAUUGGUGACCAAACUUCAUGAGUUUUUGGGUCAUUCUCCAGACGAAGAAAGCAUUCAUUCUCCAGACAUUUCCACUGGUAAAAUGGCUGCUAGUGACUUAAACAGCCCUGAUGAGAGAAUGAAUGAGCCUGGUUGCUCCUCAGAAAUGACCAAACCCUCAUCUUCACGCUCAAAGAGAAAACCUUCAUUUGUGACCAAGCACACUGCCGUUGAUGAAUCGGAAUGUGCAAACGAGAGUGGAGGUGAACGCGGCACAGAUGACAGCAUGCAGAGCAGUCUGGAUAUCAGCAAGCUGCCACAAGGCACAGUGGUGGUCAAGCCAGAACCGGUUGCUAACGAAGCUAAAGAUGAAUUCCGCGGUCCGGAGUUCCAUAACAGAGGAAGUAAAGUGAAAGAGGACGGCACUCGGAAACGUCCCGACGAGCAGCUCCAGGAGAUUUUUAAUUGCACAGCAUGUGGACAGCAAGUCAAUCAUUUUCAGAAGGAUUCGAUCUUUCAGCAUCCUGCACUACAUGUUCUUAUCUGCAAGUCAUGUUUCAGAUAUUAUAUGAGUGACGAUAUCAGCAAGGAUGAAGAAGGAAUGGAUGAGCAAUGCAGGUGGUGUGCAGAGGGUGGUAAUCUGAUUUGCUGUGACUACUGCAGCAAUGCCUUCUGCAAAAAAUGCAUUUUGAGGAACCUUGGACGAAAAGAACUGUCUGAAAUCAUGAAUGAAGAAAGCAAAUGGCACUGCUUUGUGUGCCGCCCAGAGCCACUGCAAGACUUUGUUAAAACCUGUGAGAAAGUUUUGCUCAAUCUGGAAUCAUCUUGCAGAAAGCCCAAGGGAGACGGUGACAAGACGAAGCGUGAAGAUCGUAAACACAAGCAUAGCAAACGAGAAAAAACUGCUGUAAAUGGACAGGAUUAUGCCUCCGACGGAGCGGGGACGUUAUCCUUUUCCUGUAAGACGUUGACGGUUCCGAAAGAGCUUGUCAAGAAGACCAAAAAACUAAUCGAGACCACAAACAGUUUGAAUCGUACUUUUGUACAAUUCCUCCAGCACACGUCAAAAGGCCGUGAAGUUAGUGCGGUAAGUAAUAGACACUUAAACGCCUUCAAAUCGGUUUUGGCUGAUCUGAAAAAGGCCCACGUGGCUCUGGAGGAAUCACUUGAAAAAGAAUUUGAAUCGAAAGGCCUCAAGUUUCAAAACGGAGAGGAGCAAAGACACAGUCAAACUGCAGAUCAUACCAGUGUUAACUCGUACCACGCUGACCCUGCUCCUGUCAGAGAAGAUGGUUUGGAUUGCACCGCCAAGGACCAAGAUGAAACCCAACAGGAAAGUAGCUCAGCUGAUGUUGAAAUGAAGGAGAGCCUUCCACCCUCUCCAGAAAAAACUCGGGACCAGUCUGAAGAAAGUGAAGCUAAAGAGCAUGAAAUGGCAGAUAACCCUGACUUUGAGGAAAACUCCGUGCCAGCAGGUGAAGCGUCUCUUGAUAAAGACAUCGUGUCUAUUCCACCGUCUGUCCCAGAGGAGCUCUUUGAGAUGGUCGAGAGUCUUGCAGUAAAGAAAGAAGACCGUGACGAUAGCAACUCGACUGGUUCCAGUGAUUGGAAAUCAACGUCCAUCGCUGAGGUUGUGGAAUCCAAUAAGAGCCUGACAAAACUGGGUAGAAAACUUGUUGUCAAACUAACACCUGUUCCUCUUAAAAUUACCAUAAAACGAGAUAAGAGCAAAGAACAGUCGCCUUCAGAAGACAUGGAUUGUGACACAUUGCCAAAGGAGGCUCAAGAUAGCAGACGCUCCCCCAGGAUGAAGACCACACCCCUACGCAAGUCACCGGAGGUGAAGAGCAAACGCAAACCAAGGUCGUCAAUGGCUAAAGAAGAGUGCAGCGACGCAGUCAAGGAGCAGUGUGAUUCAGACUCAGAUGAAGUCCCUGAGGUCCUGCAGACGGCUGCCUUGAAGGCCAGCUCUGAUGAGAGCGAACCCGAGAACGCUUCUGGAAAAGGUACCAAGAAGAAGAAGUUAGCUUCCUGCUCUGCUGAGAAAGCAAAAGCGAAGCCAAAGCGUAAACUCGAUAUGGCCUCCUCAGAUUCAGAACGGUCAUCAACAGCAAAGAAAAGGAGCACCAAAAAAAAGAAGGGCAGAGAAUCGGACUCCUCAGACCACAACUCUGAUCUUGAGAAACAGAUGAAAAGCCUGUCCAAGGUCGGCAGUGGGAAAAAAACAUCCAAAGGUGUCAAAAAGGAAGAGAAUGAAUCCAGUAAAGAUGGCAAGAAAGGCCCUAAAAUGUCAUUUGAGAGGAAACGAAGGUCACAGAAAGAAAAGCCUAAAACCAAGGAAGAGUUUUCCUCCAGUGAUGAAGAGCAGGAGGAGGAGGAGCAGGCUGCUAACUCCGAGGAAGACAGCGAUCAGCAGAAGAUUAAACCAAUACUUGAGUCUGUGAUGGCUAGUAUUGAUGGUUUCCAUCAGUCAUCAGGUGAUGAAAUUGAAUUGAAGGCUGAAUCCUCCCAGGUGCUGGAUGAUGACGAUGAUCCAGAGAAUAGAAUUGCCAAGAGGAUGCUUCUGGCGCAGAUCAAAGCCAACUAUUCCUCUGGAGCUGACAGUUCAUCUAAUGAUGAAAACGCAGACAAAGAGGACGGGGAUUCACCAAAGAAAGGAAAAGAUGGUGCUAAGAAGCAAGACGAAAGUGAGGAAGAGGAUGAAACUUCAGACUCGUGCUCAGAUGUGGACGUGAAGAAAGGUGGACGCAGGCACCGUUUGUUGAGGAAGAAGUUGACUCUAAGCGAGGGAGACUCUGAUGACGAGACCCCAGUUAAAAAAAAGAAAGAAACCAAAAAGAGAAGCAGGCGGAAAGUGGGCAGCGAUGAUUCGGCAGACUCUGACUUCGAGCAGUCGCGCUCGGGCUCCAGUGAUGCAUCAGCGCUCAGUGAGGCCGUGAGUGAAGACGACGAUGAAGACAAGAGCAGUAAACGCAAAACACGGUCAUCUAAAAAAGCUGGCAAGGACGGUGAGAGAAGUUACCAGAAAGAGAAGAAGAAACGACGUCGCAUUAAGGUUCAAGACUCGUCGUCCAGUGGCAAGAGUGGAGGGGAAGAUGAUGGAGAAGAUGAAGGGGAUGAGAAAGAAACACCCAAAGGUCGCAAGAAGAUCCGCAAGAUCCUUAAAGAUGACAAACUGCGGACAGAGACCCGGGAUGCCCUGAAGGAGGAAGAGGAGAGGAGGAAGCGCAUUGCUGAGAGGGAGCGGCUAAGGGAGAAACUGCGAGAGACUAUUGUGGUGAAGGAGUCAUCACAGGUCACAUGUCCCAUCACCACAAAGCUGGUGCUGGAUGAGGACGAGGAGACCAAGGAAGCAUUAUUGCAGGUUCACAGGAACCUGGUGACCAAACUCAAACCCCAUCAGGUGGAUGGAGUGCAGUUCAUGUGGGACUGCUGCUGUGAGUCAGUGAAGAAGGUGGAGAAGUCUUAUGGCUCUGGCUGUAUUCUGGCCCACUGCAUGGGGCUGGGAAAAACUCUCCAGUUUGAAAAGUGGCAAGAAGGCCUGAAGGAUGAGGAGAGUUUAGAGGUGACAGAGCUGGCCACAGUGAAGAGACCUCAGGAGAGAGCGUACGCUUUACAGCGCUGGCAGGAGGAUGGCGGCGUUAUGAUUAUAGGCUAUGAGAUGUACCGCAACCUCACGCAAGGACGAAACAUCAAGAGCAAGAAGCUGAAAGAAGUCUUUCAGAAAACUCUAGUUGAUCCAGGUCCAGAUUUUGUAAUCUGUGAUGAGGGUCACGUGCUGAAGAACGAAGCGUCUGCUGUCUCCAAAGCCAUGAACUCCAUCACAACUCGUCGGCGAGUGGUGCUGACAGGAACGCCACUGCAGAACAACCUGAUAGAGUAUCACUGUAUGGUGAACUUCAUCAAGGAGAAUCUGCUGGGAUCAGUGAAAGAGUUCAGAAACCGCUUCAUCAACCCCAUCCAGAACGGCCAGUGCGCUGACUCCACGCUCGUUGAUGUCCGAGUCAUGAAGAAGCGCGCACACAUCCUCUACGAGAUGCUGGCAGGAUGCGUCCAAAGAAGAGACUACACUGCCCUUACAAAAUUCCUGCCACCAAAACACGAGUAUGUGUUAGCGGUACGGUUAUCACCUAUUCAGUGCAAGCUUUACCGAUACUAUCUGGAUCACUUUACAGGUGUCGGUUCUGCCUUGGAGAGUGGAAGAGGCCGCGCUGGGACCAAACUCUUCCAGGAUUUCCAGAUGCUCAGCAGAAUCUGGACCCAUCCGUGGUGCCUCCAGCUGGACUAUAUCAGUAAAGAAAACAAGGGGUACUUCGACGAGGACAGUAUGGAGGAGUUCAUAGCCUCAGAGACAGAGGAGUCCUCCAUGAGUUUGACCUCUGAAGAUGAGAAGCCCAAAAGAAAGAAGAAACGAGGCAAAGGGAAAGAGCAGAGCUCAGACAAGUCCGACAGCGAUGACCUGGAAGUGAUUAAGGAGUGGAACACCAGCUCUCGUGGAGGAAACCCUGAGGGGCGCAACAGAGCAGAGCCUGUGGAAGAGGUUCGGGCGUCAAACUCGGGUCCUGGCAGCCCAUCCCCUGACUGGUACAAAGAGUUUGUGACCGAGACAGAUUCUGAGGUGCUGGAGCAUUCUGGGAAAAUUGUGCUUCUUUUUGAGAUCCUCCGCAUGGCUGAAGAAUUGGAAGAAAAAGUGUUGGUGUUCAGCCAGUCUCUCAUUUCUCUGGACCUCAUUGAAGAUUUCCUGGAGUUGGCAGGCAGAGCCAAAGAGGAAGGCAAGCUUUCGCCGUACAAAGGUGAGGGCAAGUGGUUCAGAAACAUUGACUACUAUCGUCUAGAUGGUUCAACGAGCGCCAUGACCAGGAAGAAAUGGGCAGAGGAGUUCAAUGACACCAGUAAUGUUCGGGGGCGAUUGUUCAUCAUCUCAACCAGAGCUGGCUCUCUUGGGAUCAACUUGGUAGCUGCAAACAGGGUCAUAAUUUUCGACGCCUCAUGGAACCCAUCCUACGACAUUCAGAGUAUAUUCAGAGUCUAUCGCUUUGGCCAGGUGAAGACCGUGUUUGUCUACAGGUUUUUGGCUCAGGGAACCAUGGAGGAGAAGAUCUAUGACCGGCAGAUCGCCAAACAGUCGCUGUCAUUCAGAGUUGUGGACCAGCAGCAGAUUGAGCGUCACUUUACCAUGAACGAACUGACGGAGCUGUACGCGUUUGAACCCGACCAGCUGGACGAUCCUUCGGAGAAGAAGAGCAAGCGGGCCACACCCAUGCUGCCCAAGGAUCCUUUCCUGGCAGAACUCCUUCACAGUUACAAAGAUCAUAUCGUCGGCUACCACGAGCAUGACUCUUUGCUGGACCACAAGGAGGAAGAGGCACUGAGUGAGGAAGAUCGCAAGGCAGCCUGGGCCGAAUAUGAAGCCGAAAAGAAGGGUCUGUCCAUGCAUUUCAACCAGCCAUCCUAUUCUCAAAUGGCCGUGGGAGCAGGAGCAAACUCUUACUUGCCCUUCAACAUGGCUGCCUUGGCCUCCAUGAGCAACCAACAGUUGGAGGAUUUGAUUUACCAGGGCAGGCAGAAAGUGAUGGAAGCCGCUAACGCUCUGAAGUCAGUGCCCAGGGAACCAAUGGAGGACAUCAUUGCACAGGUGUGGAAGGAGAAUCCGAGUUUACCCGAGGCCCAGGUUCAAUCCAUGGCUCUUGGGAGGCAGGCCGGCUACGAGCUGGAAAUCAAACACAGGGAGGCUGUUUACCGUGAUGUCCUCGGCAAGCAACAAACUCUGAUGAUGUACGUGCAGAAGGUGAUCGCCAACCGUAAGGUGCAGGAGCAGCAGCUGGCCAUGGCGAGGCAGGGUCUGCUGCUCAAUCAGCUGGCCAUGCAGAACGGUCUUGGGGCCCCUAUGAAUCAGAUGGAUCUGCUGGGGUUGUACCAGCAGCUUGGGGCUCUCCAGGGCCUUCCCUCCGCACAGCUGGGCAAGAACCCGGGCCCGUCUAAGGGCCUGUAGAUGCCUCCGCCCCUCAGUGUACACACAGCUGGACUGAUACAGCCAGGACACCUACUUGAGCUCCUCGGUAACGAGAGGGGAUCCUGGGACUUUGUUAAAGGGGUUUUUGGCAGUGCAGUUUGUCAUUUUGUGUGUAUAUAGCCUUAAUGUUGGUCAAGUUCUUUUUUUCCCUCUCUCACGUAUUUAAGAUUGAAGAAGAUAUUAUCCCCAAAUGCUUUUAGGCAUUGCAGGUUUCUUUCCCCUUAAAUAAGGGACGUGCAUAUAUAAAUAAUUAUAUUGCAAUGAAAACGGCGUGAUUGAGGAGGGACCAUAGCGUUUUUGUUCUAAAGCCCCCGUAAAUACUAUCUGCGCUAAUAUCUUCCUAGUAGUGGAUUGUCAUUGGUACUUUGCUAGCCAGUGCUCCAGAGACACUGCAGCGGACACCUUAAAUGUAUCGUCAAGUCAAAUGGCCUUAUAUCAAGCAGCUAGAUCUCUUCUAAUGUUUUAAAACCCCUUUUUCUAAUCUGCUUUUAGGUAUUUAAACUCGUUGUUGCUAAUCAUGCUAUGGAAUGUCUGUGUUGUUAAAACUGCUUGCUGAUUUCCUCCGGACUUUUGUAACAUCAGACUUCUCGUUGUAGUGUUGCCUAGCAUAUUGUUGUGAGUACUGUUCAUAAUUUCUUUUUCUGUUUAUUUUUCUGUUUCUUUUCCCCACUUGCAUUGGGAUUGCACCUGAGUUGGCGUGUGGCG